GAUGAAUUAGUGUUGUGAUCACACAGUAUCCGACCGCACCAUGUCUGCUGAAUGGAGGACGAGAUGUGAGGCUGAGUGGACUCUGCACGGCGCCCCGAUGCCCGACAGCCUGGACUGGAAGUGCGUCUACGAAGCAAAGCCGUUCGGGAGAAAUUUACUGAAGAACCCUGCGCCUCACGGCCUGAGUAAGGACACCCCUCCACCUGAACCUGAGCUGCCUGAAGUGCCAACACGUGGACCUCCACGUUUUCAACCUGAUGGUGACUUCAGUGGCUGGACCACGAGCGUAGAGGUUCUCCCCUAUGACACGACUGGCAUCCCAGCCGGUGCUGUGAUCUGUGAAUUGCCUCAAUACAGCUGGUUCUCCAUGGAGCAGGUCGUGGACCUGAAGGCAGAGGGACUGUGGGAAAAGCUGCUGGAUGAAUUUCAGCCUGAAAUAGUCAUCCAAGACUGGUAUGAGGAGAGUCAGGUACAUGAAUCCAUCUACCAGCUGCAUGUAAAGUUACUGGCUGCGGACAAAAGCACGGUGAUCUCCGAGCACACUGUCAGCCCCACUGAGGACCUCAGCACUUACUCACACACCUGGAAAGAGGUGGCACAUGUGUUCUCCGGCUACGGACCUGGGGUGAGAUACGUCCACUUCCUGCACCGCCUGAAGAACAAGUUCAUGAUGGAAUUCUACCCCACACUGUUCACUGGCAGCUCAGUGAUUGUCAGACCAGUCAACACCAGCUCCUAGGAUAAAACCUACUGAAAACAAUGCAGCCAUAACUGCUAGCACUAUCAGUCUAGAUAACCUGAUCAACAAAUAAUUCCUUUUAUACUCUUUUUAGCUUUGAUUUGAAUGCACUUUCUUUACUUUACUUUCUUAUGCUGAUUUAAUGAUGAUUUAAGAGUGGUUUACAUUUUUUUAUGUUGUAUUUGCUAUGAGCGGGCAAAGAAUCCAGGUUCAUAGAGAUUAUAUACUGGUGUUUAAUUAUGCUAAUGUGCCUUUAACCAAAGUCUGACUCUGGAUGUCUUAAAUGUGCUAUAUAAAAAACUGUUUUCUUAA